AUCCUAAAUUUUCGGACACGAAAGUUGUUAACCUUGAAAAUGGCGUGCUGUUAUGACGUUGGGCGCGCAUAUUGUAAAAAGUUUUCGAGAUAAUACCGGCUGGAAGAAAAGUAAAGAGCUAGUUUAAGCUCAAAAUCUGAAUUGCAAAAAUGUCAAGGCACAGAAAUGUAAGAAAUAUGCGUUAUGAAGACGAACUGUCUUCUGAUGAAUAUGGCAUGUCUUAUGAUGAUUUAAAGAAUUAUGCCAUUUCACCAGCUACAGAGGCAAUGUUCACAUACAGUAGGUCAAGAAAUGAAGACCACACAUUGUCUUCAUUUAUGGAUGACUCUACAACCAAAGAAGAAGAUGAUGACACAGAUCAAGAUGACAAUGAUGACCUUCUCGAAGAUUCAACUUCUAAUUUCAAAAUGCCGCAGCUUGAUGACGUUAGUGCAGCCAAGUUACAAUCUGGUCUUGAAGCACUAGAAGGAAUAUUGGGUGAUAAUUGUCACCAGCCAACUGCAGUUAAUGCGCUGAUGAAGUUCAACUAUGACGUAGAGAAGGCUCUUGAUGACAUCUUAAGCAGAGGUGGACGUCAGACAUUGAGUUCAGGCCCUUCAUCAAGUACAAAGAAAAAAGAUUUAACAAUUUCUAUUAUAAAUAAUGACACGUGUCAAUCAGUAUCAUCUCCCUUUAAGGCUAAGCGCUCGCUGAAGGCAAAUAACAAAGCUUAUAACAAUAAUUUUCACAAAAGUAUGCCAGAAAGAAGCAUAGGCACAAAGUCGGCUGCCCUAACAAGGGGCCAGUUAGGACAGCUUGCGAAUGGUUACAUAAUAAACCGUCCCAUUGAUUGUGAAGUAAUUGCACUUGCGGCAGAUGCAUCACUCUUAACCUCGUUGAAAAACUGGAAACUAGAAAACGGCAAGUCAAUUCUAACCACACCAGGGUCUGCAGGUAACGAAAAACCGGUUCAAAUGCCAAAGUUAAUGAAAUCAACCCUCAGUUCGUUGGCAACGUUGGAUGCAAAGGAAGCCGGAGGAUUGAACAUUGGCAUUCGACAGUCCCCAAGCGAGUGCAAACGAUCAUCGCUAGAGAGUUUAAAGUCUUCCCCACAGCUUUUGAAGCAGUCCUUAAGUUCACUGGUUUUGGGACAGAAUAUUGAAACGAAGGGGAAUGGUUCUGUCGCAGGAUUAGCAACAUCUUCAGAAAAUCUGAAUUCGACUCAGACAGAAAGUCUCUUAAAGCCACAGCGACCCGAGUGUGUUUUACAACCAUCUCUCAAAACCUUGAACGACAUAAGUUGUAGUAAUGCUGGAAGUAUCAGGACGCCACCAGUUAAUAGCUUAGGUUCCUCUCAUGCAAGUAGCCAAGGUCUCGAAAGUCUUAUGAGAGCUUCACUUAGUAAGCUGGGCGAUUCAAAACAAGCAAAAGAAACUUCUUCUCUAUCUUCCCUUAUGACGGCGCAAGAACCAGCGUCAAGGGAUCUCAGCAGUUUGAUGAAAUCCUCAUUAAAAUCCCUCGGGGCCGCGCAGUUAGGAAAGGCACAAGGAUCCGAUAACCAUGGGAGUUUGAUAUCAAGUCCCAAUGCUGUUGCUACUGAAAGAAAAUCACAUGAAAUAACAGGAAAUUUACAGUUAUUGAACAAUUCAAGCUUGAUUGGAGGUGAGCUGGAACAUAUCAAGCGUCAUUGUAAAACCCCAAUCACCGUGGGAAAGCUGGGAGACAAAUUGGGGGAAAAUCAGCACAAAUUGAGCAAUUUUCCUAAUUAUAUUUCUGGAGAAUCCCUGAGAGGAAGCCAAAGUGUGUUUAAAAGCAACAAUACAGCCUCUUUUAGAUCGGAAGAUUCGCAAAAGACUAAUUCACAUGAUUUAAAUGCUCUCAUGAAAACAUCUUUAGGCACAUUAGGGGCCCCGACACUGCUAGAUACCGUAAAGGUAAAACAAGGACCUGUGUCCCUAAACAAAGAUCGAGCGGACGCUACUGAAGGAUCGCAUGGAACCUCUUCAUUAGAGUCUAGUAGAAGCAUGACGGAACAGGAAGGGAGCAGCCCAUCGCUAAGUGAGCUUGCCUCAAAUGAUCUACAGUCGUUUGGAUCCAGACAGGCGAAAACAGCAGGUAUUUUCCCUUUGAAAAAUGGUUUAAUUGCUGGCAAAGAAGCUAAAGGUAGGGAUAUGAUUGACGAGCUCAUUCUACAGGAUCCCUCUAAAAAACAGCAAAACGAUGUAUGUAUGAGCAGCCUUCAGAAUGACGUCACAAAUAUAAAUACCAUUUCAGCAGCUUCUGAAUCAAAAAGAGAUUCAUCACUAGAGACUGACGCUCAAACCAUCCAAUCGCAAACGAGCGUACCAAAGCCACCGCCAGGUCUAACAAGACAAGCAUUAUCCGCAAAGCAAGCGAAUGCGUUGAUUGACUCGUCAGGUCCAACAAAUGCAAUAGAACAGCCCAUGGACUGGGAUAUGACGUUCCCACUUUCACUUGAGAAGUCGGUUAAAAAACUCACUAAAUGCCACCAAAUACAUUUACACACACAGGAUUCGACACAAGGUUUUAGCGAUCAUUCUAAAACUUUUCAUGCAAACUCACCUUUGGAAGAAAAUUUACCACCAAUCAAGAGAUUUGGUCUAAAGCGACAAUCAAGUGCGUUCGGCAAAGCCCUGGGCUCGCAAUGUGCACCUUCAAGCAAAAUACCAAGAGUAGAUAAAACAGUAACUUUGUUUACAUUACCCUAUGUUAAUGAUUUGAAAUCGAUCUUCAGAGACACACAGAAGCCUUCGUUCUUUAAUUUUUCCACUCCGUCUCCGGAUGAUAUUGUCAGAUCAAAGCAGAAUAACGCUUUUAAGGCUAAAGGUAGCAUGGGGUUUGGAUCACAGAGAAAGGCAUAUCCUGUCGUGUCUUGAAAUGCAGGCUGAAAUGCUUGUUUCUUUGGUAAACACCGCUGUGUCGUAAUAAACAAUUGCUGUGCUCCAAGAAGUGUUUUCUCUGGCGUGCAUCAAAGGUAGGAAAGUUGUCAUUAGAUAUGAAAGCACUGAAGUCUGGUCAAUUCCAUGUUCUCUUCAUUCAACUAUUAGUUUUGCAACAAGCAGUUACUUCAACAAAGCCGUAAGAUCUGAAGUUUCAAAAUGCUUUGUGCCCGUCUUAACGUCAUUUUGAUGAAGACAAAUACUAAGGCAAUGAAGCUGUUGAAUAAAAGCUUUACAAUCAUCGCAUGUGUAUUUCGAGGAAACCGUUUUUUCUGUUAAUUUAAGUUAGCACAUACAUUGACUUGAUUAUCAUUGUCAUUUAAAUAUUUUUGUUCUUUUCCUUUUAUAUUUGUAAAAGAUGUUAAAACUUGUCAUUUUACAGAAGCUGUAAAUAGUUGUGCAAAAAUGUAACAUAAACUAAGUUGUAUUACUUGCCUUCCCAACCCUGUAAUUUAAUUGAAAAAUUGGAGUUAUGUACUAGGUUGCUCUAUAUCGCAUGUUUAUCUGAUGUGCAAAUAACCAACAAAAAAUCUUUAGGGCAUCACUGUGGAUCUUAUGCAGGAGCCGAACUGUUCCGAAAAGCUAAAAAAACGAACAAAUUUUUAUAAACCAUUGGUAUUGAGAUGAAGCGGGUCCAUUCUAUGCUUUAUUUAUGUGUCUGGAUCAUAGAAUAUUAAACAAUUAAUAUUUGUUCAAGUUUACCAUAAAGAACCGUCAGCAACUAAGGGUAAGAUAGUCCUCAGAAUAUUUUACUAUUAUCCAUCAUAAGACUGAAGGUGGUAUUCUCUCCUCAUUUGGACCCUUAAUUUUGGGCUGUCGGUGCGCCAAUCGCAAAGACGGCCAUAAAUAAAAUCCCAACCGUUUUUGAAGAGGGUUGAGAGAAAGAAACAAUGGCCGACUUUAUCCGCCGACUAGCAAUCAUUGUUCAUGCAAAGAUUGCAAGCCAUUGGAUCAUUAACUAAUGCACGAAGAAAACAAGUAGAAGGUUAACAUUGUAUUAAAAAACCGGAAAGUACUAAGACAUGGGUUAGGCCGGCAGGGUUGCAAGAAAGAACCUUUGCUCUCCACAGUCCAAUUUCAGGUUGUCUUGCAACGUGUGAGGAAGAAACAUAUGCCAGCAUAAAGUUUAUGUACUCAAGGCCAAUGCACAAUUGCACGCCUGUUGCUUUGGCCGUAUAAAAGACACAAUGUAAUGCAUACUCGACCACUGCUACAAUAAACACAAACUCUACAAUCAUGCUAUAUGUGCCGAAAGAGAAGACCAAGGGGCACCGAAAAGGUGAACCCUGUAACGUAUUAAACGUGAUUAAAUUUCAUGAUAAAGAAGUAAGGGUUCGCUUUUAAUGCUAAAUAUGUACCCCAACAUAAGUAGAUUUGAAGGCUUUUGUUGUACUCUCGGGGUUGACAUAAAGGGACGUUCGUUUAGCCAUUUCAUUUUAUAUAUAACAAAUUACACGGCAACCUAAGGUCAGCACCCUCAUUGUCAACAAGUUUUCGAUAUAUGGCGAUUUUCUUCCGAUCAUACUAAAGAACUACUGUAAAUGCGUAUUUUUGGUCCUUUUCUUCCGUUUUAUCAUCCCCUGUUAGAAAUCCCUUCAUCCAAUCAAUACCCUUCGUCUAUUUCAGCGAAUAAGCCCUCUGUUCUGAACGGUCUUCUAUAAACACUGUAUAGAUUAAAUACAACGGAAAUUAGAACACUAACAUUGUCAUUACUUUUCAAGAGAAUUCCUCACAGCAUAAAAUCUGAGGCAUUUUAGAUUUUUUGCUUCUUUCUUCAAUAAUAAAUAUUAAAUAUAAAUAAGAAAUAUUUUUUUCCAGUAACAUAUUUCUGGCAGACAUCUGUGAGUACCAAAGUGAAUCCUGACAUCGGUUGAACUGCCUUUAUUUGAUGCCUCAGUUGUUUGAUGUCUUUAUUUGAUGCCUCAUGAGCUAAAAAUUGGGGGGGGGGAUGGGAGGCGUAGUAUUGGUCUUGCCCGAAUUUUAUUGCUUUAUUUGGUUAAAACUGCCCGAAUGGGGGUGAAUUUCUUAUAAUUUUGCCUGAUUUUGCGGGGUGGUUGCUGCAGUCUGCAGCCGCUACGUCUUCUACGCCUAUGUUUGUAGAGAGGAAUACCGUAAAAGCUCUAUUAAUCCCCGGGGGGGGGGCAUAUUUAUUUUUUCAGUCCCGGAGGGGGGCUUGUGAGAGAGAGGGGGCUUGUUAAUAAUUCGAAGUAAAGAAUGUUAUAAAAAUUUUUCUUAUACAAAUGCAUACAAAUGUUCUCAAAAAAACUUUCCUAGAAGCUUCAAAAGUUUCUUAAGAUUUAAUCAAUUUUGAUGUCCUCAUCUUGUCAGUAGUCACCAGGAUCAUUUAAGACCCCUGGAAUAUCUUCUAAACUAAUUUCGACUAAAUUCUAAGGCGCACAAGUAAGUCGCUACAUGGGCUGUAUUUAAUGCACAUGAUAAGAUCAUCACAUCCGCAUGUUUCCCACUAAAUGCGCAUGUUUCCUGUGUUUAGCAACAAUGACUAAGGAGGGGGGGUGUUAAUAGAGAGGGGGGCUUAAUAAGCUCUUGUUACAAAGCCUGGUGUCAGUUUAAACAGAGAUCCAUCGAUCAAAGUUACAGCCAUGCAAUCAAGCAUACAAGAAGACUGAAACUUGAGUACACUUUUGGUUAUGACUAUCCGUGUGGUAAAAUCAGUGCACAAAAGAAUUCGCUUGUUACAGUUCAUAAUGUUAGCGGAAAGUCAGGGUUGUUUGUCUUAUCUAUUUUAUUAUAAUUAUUGUUAUUUUCAUUCCAGUCCUUCCCUGAAUUUGUGAAAUUUGUUCUUCUAUUUACUAAACCCAUUCCUACCAUAUGCUUUUUAUUGAUUUGUAGUAUUCUUGCGAUUCUAGCAUGGAAGAUGUCCUUCCUUUUUUCCCUGAAAAUCUCAAGCCAUUUUCUUUUAUAUAUUUUCGAAUUGCCUUGCUUACUAUUUCCAACAUUCUCAAAGGUUGCCCUAAGUUUCCACCAAAGCUCUUUGUUUUUAAGUCCUCAAGACCCCCUCUUCCCCAUUUUUUGGUACACUCUACUCCUUGUUUUUGUUUCUUCUAUAAAACAGCUCUUGAAUUGAUUUACUUCUUUCCCUAAUCGAAACACCAACUUUAGACAUCCAAUUUUUUAUACAGGAAAACACCCGGCCCUUGACGAAAGUUGAAUUUGUAUCGGCAAGAAAAUGCCGUGCUAAAUGUAACGUAGGACGGCAACUUCUCGAGAUUUUUUCAAAGACUAAAUUAAGAACGUCUUGUGAUCUUACUGAUAAAUGUCUUUUUUUUAUGAUAUUUGACAAAGUUUGGAAUAAGACUGAUAAUGUUAAUAUCUUGGCCCACCGUCCCUGCCUGUGAUGCAAUGAUUUUUCAAAGAUGGUGGCCAUAUUUACCGUAACUUUCGCUUGACCAGAAUUUCAGUUAUCCAAGUAAUACAGACGACAUAUUUAUCAACAAUUUUAUUAUAGGAAAGGGGAAGCUUCUUCUUCGUGAAGAACGCUUUCUUGCAAAAAAGCCGUGCUGAUGUCGAAAGUGGGCAGUUAGGUGUGUGAGAGGUUUCCCUCGGAGAAUCGAGAUGCAUAAAAAGACGCUCUUGUUACGCUUUUGCCAUCUCGUCAACAACUCCCUUUUCAUGUAAAAUAACUCACUAUAUAAUAAUAUACAAACAAGGCUAAGAAAAUGUGAUAGGUUCAUUCAUUUAAUUACACACGAAAACGAGACUUCGGAUACUAAAUUGUCCAAUCAUAUUAGAGAAGGCUAUUCCUGUUACAGGUGGGGGGGAGGGGCGUAGGUGUUUCACUGUCGAAUGCCAACCUCUUUAAGGGUUAACAAUGCUGUUUUCUUGUCU